GAGAGAUGGCCUUUCCAGGCACACGUAAUACUAUUUGUGAGGGCAGAUUGUCUCUUUCAAAAACGUUCGAAAUGUCACAUAAGACAAACGCCAGACAAAACUGGAGUGAAGCUAUCAUUUGUUGGCCAUCUUGGCUUUCUGACAGAGGUUCAAGAUCAGCCCAAGAGUCAUUUGUAAUCGCGUCGUCUGGAACAGUUGGUCCAGUCACCAAAACUCGCUCAAACGUGACCCAGAAAACGUAGCCGAUGUGUUAUGCAUGCAGCGAACGAAGCGCAGGACCACUUUCUACAAGGGAGUCCACGGAGUUCGAACAAUGCCAUUUGAUACGGUACAUUAUUCAGACGCCCCGUAAAAAGAAAACCCUUUGCGGAGUUUCGGCUUCUUAGUGCCUGGCUGUGACUUCGCGAAGUCGCCAUGGCUUCACAGACAGAAGAAACUGCCACGGAUGACAGUUUGGAAGAAAGCAACACCGACAAGCAAGAGAAUGUACCAGAAAAGGCUUCGGAAGAAAUCAUCAGUGAGAAGGAAGUGGUGAAAUCAGAGAAGGCUUCUGAUGAAAACAUCAACGAGAAGGCUUCAGAAGAGAGCAUUGUUGACAACCAAGAAGACGUCAAGACAGAGAAAAUUCUUCCAGAGAAUGAGAAAGAUGCCACAGAGAACGCAGUACCAGACGAACCGACCGUAGUUAACGGGAGCGUCGCGGGCGGGACCGUGAACGGGAACGGCGGGCUCUCUGGACCCUCUACACCCGAUGUCGCGUCCAACCACACCGAGGGUGACCCCGACGAAAUCGUCCAAGAAUGUCCUAAAUGCAAAAUGUACUUGUACAGUUCCAGUUUGUAAUAAUAACAUUGCCAUUCGAGCUAGUCCUAACUGUAUGUUUGUCUG